UUUUGUAAAUUUUUCACAAAAAAAACCAUAGAAAUAAUAAUGUGCUCUGAAGUAUCAUCUUCUGUUGACAAUUGUCUCAAGGACAACGAAGACUUUUAUCCUACUGCUGAAGAAUUGGAAUCUUUUUAUAAUAUGCUAGAAAAUGGUUCAAUUUUGGAAUUAGAAUGGCAGUGUCCUGGACGAAGGCCACCUUCUCCGGACUGUUCAAGUAGUGGCAGCAAAGAGCCCUCAAAUUCCACCGAUACCACAGAAACUCAAGAACCCUUAAAAUCGAAUGAUUUUGACUUUAGCGACGAUGUUGCUCAGCCUCAAAUGCGUGUACGCAGUCAAAACUCUACGCCAAAAUCGGUCAAAAAGAUAACAGCUAACUUUGCCGGUGUUAUGGAGGCUCUGAAAAAGAAAAAUGCCGAAGGGUCGUCGUAACGUAUACAACAAGAGUUGUUAGGUAUAAAAAGCACUAGAUUUAAGGAUAAUUGAUGGAUGGCUAAAGUUAAUAUUUUUAUAUGUAGCUUUUAAGAAUAUAACAAGUCAAUAGAUAAUAAAUAAAUUAUUGUUUAAAGGCAUAAAGAUUAAA